AUGGCGGGGGAUCUUGCAGUAGGGAUGGUUUAUAACUUACUGCUACCUCUGCUUCUGCUGACAGCGUCUUCGUUCAGAUUCAAUGGCCUCUCUGUGGUCUAUUUCCUGUAUCUGCUGAUGCUGCCUCUGCUGCCGAACCCCAGUCUGGCCACAAUGAAAGGUAGGACGGGGCAAUUCUUGCGGACGAUCAUCUACACCAGUGUGACUUUCUUCGCUCUUCAGUGCUUCAUGCAGAUCCCCUUCACGUACAUCCCCAUUGAAGGAAGUGGUCCCUGGGAAGAUAUUAUGUACCAUUUUGGCAUUGUAAGGUUUAGCUUAUUAGGACCAGGAGAUGUGGUGCGAUAUUUAGCUCCUGAUUUUGGCCUGAUGAUCUCCUCACUCUUCAUCCUGAGACUCUGCAAAAAGCUCCUUCGUCCUGCUCCCCAAAUCAGUAUCCAUGACAACGGCAUCACCCAUCCCCACCCAGAGGAUGCAGAGACCUCGGACACAGAGUCUGAGGAGGAGAGUGAGUCUGAGGGCUCGUCCUUUGACAGCUCAGAAGAGACCACUGUCCGCACUCAGACUGAACCGCCGCAGUUUGUCCAGAAGUUCCUGGUGUUUGCGGCGGGGCUGAGGCUGCUUCUCUCCACCAUCAUGAACACGGCUGGGAAGGUGGUGGUGACUCUGCUGCUGGGACUGGCAGGUAUCAUCCUCCCGUCCAUCACCUCCAGUCUGUACUUCGGCACGUUCCUGGGCCUGGUUUGGUGGUGGGUCUUCAGUCGCUCCCUCAGCCUGCUCCUCUUCAGCUCUCUGUGUGUGAUGAUGGCCAUUUUCAGUGGAGGACACCUGCUGCUCCUGUACCUGUACCAGCUGCCCAUCUCCCAGCAGCUCGUCCCACAUGACGACAUUUUCGCCAGGCUGUUCGGUAUGACUGGAGUGAUCAAAACUCACCCUUCGAGGCCAUACAGUCUGGGUCUGCACGCACACAUCAGCUGGCCCGACUUCGUCAACCCUGUGGUCCUGCUGCUCAUGUACUACACCCUGGUGGCUCUGCUGCACAAAUGGGUCCACAUCACUGAAGAGGACAUUGAAGAAGACGAUGAUGAAGACUGUGAGAGUCCAGUGGGCAGCCCAGACGCUCCGCCCAGUUUCUCCAGAGUCAUUUACAUCACAGGAGAUAAACAGGAGCUUUUAAGCAGCACUGAUGAAGAAACUUACCUUCCUGAUGAGCCAGCUAUUCUAAUACGCACCUGUUCCUGGCAAGACGAAAAAAACGAUUUGGGCUCUUUGUUGGGAGGAGCUGGAUACACAAACUGUUACCCUCCUCCCAUGUAUGAAGACAAGGAUGUGGACUCUCAUGACAGUAACGCUGAAGAAGACCCAGGGGAGAACGGUGAAGCUGUGCAGAGUCAGGCUGAAACUGAGGCCCCGGCUUCAGGUCCAAGUGGUCUGGUCGUCUUUGGUCUUUUGGUGCAGAAACACAGCUAUGUCAGCGCUCUGAUCAUAAUGAUGAUAUGGAGUAUCACCUACAAUAACUGGCUGACGUUCGCGCUGCUGGUGUGGUCAUGUGUUAUCUGGAUGAUGCGGGACCGACGGCGUUACGCCAUGAUGUCGGCACCGGUGUUGGCGGUGUACGGGACGGCGCUGGUGGCUCUGGGUUUCCUGAGCGGACUGCGCCUGAGCCGGGCAGAGCUCUACCCUGCCCUGCCGCCCGCCGUCAUCGUGGACUUCGACCUGAACAGUUACCACCCCGCGCCCUGUGUGCACCUGGGGGCCAAGGUUCUGUACAGCUUCAGUUUUUGGCUGAUGUUUCGUCAGCAGCUGAAGGAAAGAGCUGAGGCACAGAGUCUGAAGGCAGAAUCUCUGGAUGAACUUAAAGUCAUGUCAGAGGAGGAGAGUCAGCCUUCUCCACUCGUUGUGAUGCUGAUAUCAGGUGUGAAAGGGAUACUGGUCAAAUACUGGAUCCUCUUCUGCUGCUCCAUGUUUUUUGUGGUCAGCUUCUCUGGAAAGGUGGUUGUUUACAAGAUCCUCUACAUCGUGCUCUUUCUCUUCUGCGUUGUCCUGUACCAGACGCGUUACGAUGUGUGGCGCCGCAUCCUGAAGAACUUCUGGGCCGUGGUGGUGGGAUACUCCAUGCUGGUGCUGAUCGCCAUCUACAUGUACCAGUUCAGGAGUGUGUCCGCUCUGUUCAGGCAGAUCAUGGGCAUGUCAGAGGACGGUCUACGUGACCUUGGUUUGGAGCGUUACGACACAGUGGAGUUGUUUGCUCGCAUCCUGCUGCCUGCUGCGUUUCUAUUGGCCUGUAUUCUCCAGCUGCAUUAUUUCAAUGCCGACUUCCUCGCUCUCACCGACCUGGAGAAUGUCCCAGUGCGCCAGGCAUCCAGUGACGAGGAGCUGAAGAGUUCAAUUGCCAUAAUAAGAGACAUCAUCAAGGAAACCAUUACGAAGUUGAGAAAUAGACUGGCGAAGGAGCAGAUGGGAGAAGGCAAAAGCCAGGACACUCUGAACAGUGUGGGGCUCCAGACGUCUUCAGAGAAAGACCCUGGGGAGGAGGCGAGCGAGGCGGGAGACGAGCGCCCUCCCAGUCCGGCUGUGGACCAGUGGGACGUGAUCGUGGACAGGGCUAGUCUCCUCUUGUACCAGGGUUUGUCAGGACUGCGCAGGUUUCAGGAGCUUCUCUGGAGACUCAUGGAACUGCACAAUCUCAAAAUCGUGUCCGCUGGAAUCAUCUGGGUCUCACUGCAAGAGGUUUCUCUGAUGAACAUGCUCUUUCUGGUCUUGUGGGUCUUCGCCCUCCCGUUUCCACGGUUACGACCUUUGGCCUCGAGUAUCUCCGCCGUUCACGCCUGCAUCAUGGUGGUGUGCAAGAUGUUCUACCAGCUCAAAGUCAUCAAGCCUCUGGAAUACUCGUCCAACUGCACGGCUGGCCUGCUGCAGUCCAACAGUUCCUUUCUGGAAGAGGAGGACUUGAGGAGUAACAUGGUGGAGCUGUUGAGGAGGUCCAUCCUGUACAUUGAACCUGUGGACCCGGUGUACUGGUGCGGGGCUCUGCGGAAGUGUGAGGGCCGGAUCCUCCCCUGUCUCAGAAACCACCUGAUGAUUCUGGGGCUGCUUGUCUUCGAGGCGACAGUCUUCCGUCACCAGCUCUACUUCCGUCUCCAUAAUGACCUGAAGCCUCCUCCCUUCACCAUCCUGUUCCAGGGAAUCACCCGGCAGCACCUGGACCACGGCGUCGCGCCCUGCGUCAAAUACUUCAUCAACUUCUUCUUCUACAAAUUUGGACUUGAGGUGAGUCUGAUCGUGGCGGUGAACGUGAUUGGUCAGAGGAUGGACUUCUACGCUCUGCUCCACUCGUUCGCUCUGCUGCUGGUUCUGUCCCGGAGAAGGAGGAAGGCCAUUGGGGAGGUGUGGCCCAAAUACUGCUGCUUCACGGCGGGGCUCAUGGUGCUGCAGUACGUCCUCUGCAUCGGCAUCCCUCCUGCGAUCUGUGUUGACUAUCCGUGGAGAACUGCGUAUCGACCUCUAACCUCCAACGUGAUCAAGUGGUUUUACCUGCCGGACUUCGCUAUGAGACCCAAUCCCCUCUUCAUAUUCUACGACUACAUGCUGCUGAUCUGUGCCUCGCUCCAGUGGCAGGUUUUCGAGGAGGAGAAUCGAGCGGCGAUCCGACUUCUGGCCGGAGAUAACGUGGAGAUCAGCCGCAGCCUGGACCCCUGCUCCUUCAACCAGUUCAUCCCAGUUGACAACUUCCUCCACUGCAGAUCCUACCUGGACAUGGUGAAAGUGUUUGUAUUCAGUUAUUUCUUCUGGCUGGUGCUGUGCCUCAUCUUCAUCACGGGCACCACGCGCAUUAACAUCUUCUGCCUGGGAUACUUAGUGGCCUGUUUCUACUUCAUGCUAUUCGGGGGCAGCGUCCUGAUGCAGCCUGUGCGCUGUAUCCUCAGACUGUGGGACUGGCUCAUAGGAUACACCUGCUUCGUCAUCGCCAUGAAGAACCUGCUGUCUUUGGGCUCCUGUGCGUACCUGGACAGUCUGCUGAAGAACGGCUGCUGGCUCAUUCAAGCCUUCAGUAUGUUCUGCACCAUUAAAGGAUACGACGUCCCUGACCCUGAUGAUGAGUGUGAGCUGCCCGAGGGGGAGGCGGGCAUCGUGUGGGACGCCAUCUGCUUCACGGUGCUCCUGGCCCAGAGGAGGGUGUUUCUCAGCUACUACUUCCUCUACGUGGUGUCAGACCUCAAGUCCUCCAAGAUACUGGCCUCCAGAGGUGCUGAACUGUUUGAAGCAAAGGUGAAGAAGUUAGUGGCUGCUCGUCUGGAGGUGGAGAAGAAGUCUGUGGCCACGCUCAAGAAACAAAUGGAGAAAAUAAAAUCUAAACAGAAGGGUCGACCUGCCCCGAAAGAAGAGCCUGGACCAGAGGAGUCUGCAGAAGGUGAGGAGGAAAAAGCAAAAAGAGAUGCAGGGAAGUGGUGGAAGCCUUGGGUCUCAAAGCCCGGAGUGGAAAACAACUGUGGGUAUCACCUGUUUGAAAGUGACAGUGAAGAAGAGGAGGAGGAGGUCACAGAGAAAAAAGAGGAAGAGCAGCCCCCCAAGAAAAAAUCUGCUUUUCAGUUGGCUUAUGAAGCGUGGGUGACCAGCUCCAAAAACGCCCUGAAAGACCUGAAAAAAGAGAAGAAAAAGAUGAAGAAAGAGGAAAAGAAGAAAGCCAAGAAAGAGAUGCAAAAACUACAGGGUCUUGAAAGAGCUGAUUCCAGUGAGGAUGAACUUGAUGAAACCACGAUGGAUGAAGAGGCACCAGAAGAGAAAGAAAACCUCCUCCAGCGUGUGAUCAGCACCGUGAAGUUCGGCUUCGCAUUCAUUCAGUCUCUGAUGGAUGAUCUGACCGAGGGACUCAAUUCAUUCUGCAAAGACAACCUGGACAUCUCCAAAGUGCUGCUGUUUGAGAGAGCUCUCCUCAACCAACAACUCAAGAAGGGUAAAGAGGUGAGCCAGGAGAGUGUGAAACAGUUCUACGAGAGCUGGAUGUCGCGUCAGAACACCCUCUCGUCUCAGGAGGAUCUGGACGACCCCCCGGCUGCGCCCUGCUCUCCGUCUACUGCGCCCACCCUACGACGGGGCUACGCCAAACUCAAGAGCCAGGCCUCCAAAGUGUCCUGGGGCAGCAGCGUCUCCAGCUGUAUGACAGAUGAGACAAUGCUGGGGUCCAGGCAGCCCACCCAAGAGGAGCUGGACGAGCCCCCGGUCCCUCCAGGUCCAGACCAGCUCAGACGGAGACUCCUGAAGACCAGCAAUGUGGACUUAGGCUCUUUUGACAAUGAUGACCUGAAACGCCCGGUCACAGAGGAGCCAGAGGAGCCAGAGGAGCCAGAGGAGCCAGAGGAGCCAGAGAAACCAGAGGAGCCAGAGAAACCAGAGGAGCCAGAGAAACCAGAGAAGCCAGAGGAGCGAGAGGAGCGGUCCGCACAUUCAGAUGCCCAUGACCCAGUGAGUUGUGAGUUUGAUCAGGAGCGCGAUGAAGAGUUCAGAGAGAAAGAGGAGGAGGAGCACACUGAGGACGGCAGCAUCUCCCUGGGCUUCAGAGACAGUGACGCAGACAAAAGCCUCGAUCUCCCAGAAUCCCCCAGGCCUCUGAGUCAGGAAACGAGAAACCUCACGGCCAGCGAAUUACUGCUCAACAACAUGUUUGAAAACGAUGAGAUCUCGGAGUCUGAUAAGUUCUUCCUGAAGUUGCCUCGUCCGAUGAAGCUGCUCUUUGCUCUGUACAACACCAUGGUGUCCAAGUCUGAGAUGCUGUGUUACUUUGUGAUCAUCCUGAACCACAUCGUGUCCGCCUCACUGCUGUCGCUCAUCCUGCCCAUCCUCAUCUUCCUCUGGGCCAUGCUCUCUGUGCCCAGGCCCACCAAGCGCUUCUGGAUGACGGCGAUCAUUUACACCGAGCUGACUGUGGUGGUGAAGUACUUUUUCCAGUUCGGGUUCUUCCCCUGGACAACGUCUGCGUACAGAGGCAUAAACGCAGACCGGCCCUUCGCUUUACCCAACAUCAUCGGAGUAGAGAAGAAGGACGGAUACGUGCUGUUCGACCUCAUACAGCUGCUGGCUCUGUUCUUCCACAGGUCCAUCCUCAAGUGCCAUGGUUUGUGGGACAACAAAGAGGUGGAGAUGCCCGAUUUCUUUAAGAAGAUGAAGAAGAAGGUGGACAAGAAGAAGACCCAGGGCUCAGAGAAAAGCAACAGUAAAGACGCGUCCCGCUGUCUCAAGUUUCUGCCCCUCAACGCCUCCUCCACCUCCCUGUUCUGUCGGCGCAGGAAAGGGGACGCAGACUCAGAUGGAGGGAUAAAGCCCAAGAAGCAGAGCUGUAAAAAGAGGAGAAACCAGCGCCACAAAACUCCUCUGACCCGAAAACAGCGCCUCCGUCAGCAGAUCCGAGAGAAGAUGCUCCAGGCCAAAGCCACCAUCAUCGAAGUUGGACUCCAUAUUUAUUUACCCAUAAGGCAGUUCUUCUAUGACAUUAUCCACCCGGACUACAGCCCUGUGUGUGACGUCUACGCGCUCAUGUUCCUCAUCGAUGUCGUCAACUUCAUCGUCACCAUUUAUGGAUACUGGGCUUUCGGGAAAUACUCUGCAGCGGCCGACAUCACAGAGUCCCUGUCUGAAGACCAGGUUCCUGAGGCCUUCCUGGUGAUGCUGCUGAUGCAAUUUGGGACCAUGAUCGUGGACCGGGCCCUGUACCUGAAGAAGUCUCUGCUGGGGAAGUGUGUGUUCCAGGUGGUCCUCGUGUUUGGCAUUCACUUCUGGAUGUUCUUCAUUCUGCCUGGGGUCACUGAAAGGAGGUUCAACAGAAACCCAGUGGCUCAGCUCUGGUACUUUGUCAAGUGCAUUUACUUCGGCCUGUCUGCGUAUCAGAUCAAAUGUGGAUAUCCAAACCGGAUCCUGGGCAACUUCCUCACCAAGAACUACAACUACCUCAACCUCUUCCUCUUCCAGGGGUUCCGCAUGGUGCCCUUCCUGACGGAGCUGCGCGCGGUGAUGGACUGGGUCUGGACCGACACCACCCUGUCCCUGUCCAGCUGGAUCUGUGUCGAGGACAUUUACGCAAAUAUCUUUAUCCUCAAGUGCUGGAGGGAGUCUGACAAAAAAUUCCCUCAUCCUCCGGGCCAGAAGAAGAAGAAGGUGGUGAAGUAUGGUAUGGGAGGUCUUCUGAUAUUCGUCCUCAUCGGGAUCAUCUGGUUUCCUCUGCUCUUCAUGUCUCUGGUCCAGUCGGCAGCUGGAGUCACCAACCAGCCCGUGGAUGUGUCGAUCCAGCUCAGCAUCGCAGGAUAUGAGCCUCUGUUCACCAUGACGGCUCAGGAGCAGAACCUCGUGCCUUAUUCCGAAUCCGCGUUUAACCGCCUCACCAAAGUCUACGCGACACACCCCUCGGCAAUGCAGUUUAUCAUGAACUACGAGGCGGAGGAUGUGAUGGUGGCGAAGAUCAAGAGCGACGCCAGUCUGCUGUGGAGUAUCAGCCCCGCCUCACGCGCCGCCAUGAUCCAAGAGCUCAGCAACUCCUCCCACAUUUACAUCACACUCAGGUGGACUCUGCUCAGGAAUGCCUCCAUCUCCAUGAACCCCGAGACUGUGGGAGAGCACACGGUGAAAUAUGAGGACAUGGUUUUGAGAGAAGGCAUCGUCCAAAUGCUCAAAGGAAACAGCAGUAAGCCUGUGAUAAUCGAACAUCUGCUUCCAAAGUUUAUCCGCGGACCAAAGGGACCCGAGUCUAAAAUGGCCACCAGGAUGAAAGUUGAUCUUUCAGAGCGCCCGGACCUCCACGCUCUCUCCUUCUUCAGACCGCUGUCCCUGAAGCUGCAGCAGGAGAGCGGCUCUGACCAGGACGACGACAAAGACCAGUGGUGGGUGGUGGAGGAGUGUAACACGGGGCCCAAACGCAGCUGCCACAACAUCCACAUCACCAUCUUCAGCGACAAAGUCAGUCCGUCCAGUCUGGGCUUCCUGGCAGGACAUGGGAUUGUGGGGCUGUACAUGUCCGUGGUCCUCGUCAUUGGUAAAUUCGUGCGCGAGUUCUUUAACGGCAUCUCGAGGUCCAUCAUGUUCGAGGAGCUGCCGUGCGUGGACCGCGUGCUGAAGCUCUGCACGGACAUCUUCGUGGUGAGAGAGACCGGCGAGAUGGAGCUGGAGGAGACCCUGUUCGAGAAGCUCAUCUUCCUCUACAGAUCCCCCGAAACCAUGAUCAAAAUGACCAGGGAGAAGAAAGACAGCUAGAAAUGUGCUGCUCCCAAAGACUCGACAGGCUCCAUCAGCUGUCUUAUAUGUAUUUAUUUGGUUGUAAUUGUAAUACUACUAUGACUACAUGUGUAAAGAUGUGCUCAUUUGUUACUCAAGUCUGACUAAAAGGUUCGGUUUGUGGAAUAUUUUAAAGUGCUCAUAGUUUUUAAUUCAAGUAUAUUUGACCUUUAACUCCAAGUAUUGUGUUUAAUAUUUAUGUAAAUCCACAAAAAACAAAAUAUACUACUAAGUUAAAAGAUUAAUAAGGCAAAUUUGUGAAUACAGACCCAAUCAUAAACUCAAAAA